AUGGCAGACAUCAAGAAGAUACACAGACUGCAAGACAUCAGCUCUGCUAUGUCAUGUCUUGGCAUCGAUAUGCCACAGAUAGUAGCAAUAGGAUCACAAAGCAGUGGAAAGAGUAGCGUGCUAGAGCAGAUAAUAAAAAGAGAGGUUCUUCCUCGAGGCACAAACCUAGUGACAAGAUGUCCAAUUGUCCUACAUCUUAGAAGAUGUGAAGAUGGUGCAGAAGGCGUGGUAUUUGAUCAUCUUGCAGGGUCUGUUGACUUUGGCACUGCAGGCUCUAUAAUUAUAAAAAGAAUGGAAGAAAUAUGCGGAAUCAACAAAGGAAUUAGCAGUAGACCAAUAACUGCCUUUGUUAAUCUAAAGGACACGCUUGAGAUGACUGUGGUCGACCUUCCGGGCCUUAUAAAGGUCCCUAUUGGAGAGCAGCCCGAAGACAUCGAGAUACAGGUUGAGGACAUGGUUCUUGGCUACGCAAUGAAGGACUCGUCGAUAAUCCUAGCUCUUGUAAAUGCCAAUGCAGACAUCGCAACAAAUGAAGCACUUAAGAUAGCUAAAAAGGCGGAUCCUCAGUUGAAAAGGACUCUGGGUGUGGUUACAAAAAUCGAUCUAAUGGAUGCAGGAACAGAUUGCAUGAACAUCCUUUCGAAUAGGAAUCCAAAACUGGCUCUUGGAUAUAUUGGUGUGAUAAAUAGAGGGCAGCAGGAUAUUGCCAAGGGUGUAUCUAUAAACGAGGCUAUUCAUAAGGAGUCGAAGUACUUCAAGGAAAAUCCCUUAUAUGGCAAAAUAUAUCCCAAUAUAGGGUCGGAAUACCUUAUAAAGAGACUAAACGAAAUAUUCUACGAGAAGGCAAUGGAAUCAGUCCCGGGAAUUAAGACAGCUGUGAAAAACCAGUUGAACGACAAGGCAAAAAGACUCCAUGAAAUAGAAUCAGGGAAUUCUGUGAAAAGGGAGCAGUCUCUUGUGCUAGAUUACCACCAAGCCAUUCUGGAAAUAUUCAGGCACGUUAGGCCGAAUGUUGGAGUGUUUUCCAAGAGUUCCUCGGGCUUUUUGAAUGAGCUCAAGAAGGCAUUUGAAGAAGAUGAGUUUCUUGCAAUCUUCGAGGACCUACCCUCCAGGCUUAGCAGAUCUUCAUACAUAUUUAUAUCGGAGGCUGUUUUCUAUGACGUGGUGAGAGAAAACAUAAAGAAAAUGGCUACAGAAUAUCUGGAGAAAGUCGAUAAUAUUGUGAAGCUACUCAUUAAAGAGAUCUGGUCAAUAUCAAGUCCAAGCUUUGCAGUACUCUCCAAGAAACUUAAUGGUGUGGUGAGUGAAUGCAUAGAAGAGCAAAGAUGCAAACUAGCCGAUAGCAUACACUUAUACUCGUCGAUCCAGUCGUCGUACAUCAAUGUAAACCACCCAGACUUUGACAGGCCGAGAGCCCUGAGCCUGAUUCUUCGAAAAAUACCAAGAAGCGAAUCCGGUCUUUUGGGGAUGUUCAACUCCAAAGAAGUGUCUUUUGAAGACAAGGCCUUUGAAGUGAGACUUAUAAAGGAGCUAGCCGGAUCCUAUCUUAGAAUUGUAAACAAGGAAAUGAGAAAUUAUGUCCUAAAAGCAAUUCAUUACUACUUAUGUGAGUACAUGGAUUCUAGGCUUCCUAGCGUUCUUACAGAGCUGGAAAUUGAGGAGACCGAGAUGGCCGAGUGUCCUGAGAUUGUUGGAGAAAGAAAUAGCCUUGCUAAAGACAUAGAGAUAUUGAAGAAUGCACUUUCCAGCCUAAGCGGAUUCUGA